GAGGGUAGAAGAAGGAGCUUAGUAGAGAAAUGUAACUUUAGGGUCAGGUGAGAUUGGAGACGAUUUGUUUACAUCCAGUCAACCCAAUUAUCUGAGUUUCUGCAGCAAUAUUUAGGCGUAUGGGUGGAGUAAAUUAUUACAUAUGAACCCUCUGCUGCCAUGAGGUUGCUGUGUGCUCAAACAACCAUCUCUUGUAUGCAAAGUUGAAAUGUAAAUGAAUUUCAUUCACAUCCUCAGCACAAUUACAAAUUACUGUAUGUCAGGGACCUUUCUGGCUGUUCUUAAAUAGUUGAAAACAGGAAAGUUAAAUAAAUCAGUGACUGCUAGGAUUUUGUUGCAUUCACCAAUGAACAAAUUAGCUUGAACAUUUUUCCAACCGGUUCUAUAAAAAAAAAUUGUUUUUAAUGAUUACUCACCACUAUUUUUGUUCUUCUUUCUCUCCCCCUUUCUUUCUUCCUUUUUUCCCCAUCUUCACUCAUCAAUUAUUUAUUGAACACCUACUAGAUGUCUGGCACUAGGGAUAAAAAGAGUCCACAAUCUAGUGUGGGAGACAAGUAUAUAUGCAAAAAACCGCGAAGUGAUAGUGCUAUUAUUAAAUUAAUAAUUCAUGUGUUCAUUUAUCCUGCAAAUGUAUUGAGUGCCUGCUAUUAAGUGCCAGGCAGUGUGUUAGGCUUGGGAUAGAGACAUGAAUAAGGUAUAGUUUUUGCCUUCAAGAAAUUUACAACCUGGUAAAGAAAAAUAAACAGGUAAGUAAACAAAGGCAAUACAUUGUAACAUUUGUAAAAUGUUAAAAGAUCUCAAAGAAGGGAGUGACUCUGUGCUUUCCCUUGCAUGUUUGGAUACCCAUUGAAAGGAGUCUUUGCUGUGUUUUAAUGAAAGGAACUGUAAAAAGCACAUUUGUUCAUUUCACGUUUUCGAAUGCUCACUGUCUUUGUGUAGUGACAGUUUUGUAGUUCUUGAAUGACGAGCAAGCAUUGAGUUGGGGGAUCUAUGACUUUUCUCCUCAUUUGAGCUUAUUGUCCAAAACCUACACUAUCAACACCUUUUUAAGGUGGUAGAAUGAUUAAUGGUAUUCCUGAAAUACUCGACAGAAACCUGCUGAAUGUUAAAGCUUGAGAAAAGUCACAGUAACAAAGCAUUAUUGUGAUGGCGGGUAUGCAGAAAGUGUAUGCUGGCCUAGCACAUAUCUCAAAUUCUUGGAUCUCAGAACUAUGUAUUAAUAUAGGGGUUCCCUGUAAUGUAAUUUUAAAAAAGAUGAUGAAUGGCUGAUCAAAAACAUGGAGAAGAAAAUGGAUUUUUGUAGAUUAUGUAACUGAAACAUUUUCAACUAUCAUCUACUUUUACCUAAAUUUUUAUCAUCUCAGGAAAAAAAUUAUUUACAACCAAACACUUAUUGGGGUUAAUUGAGACAAUGGAUUUAAACUUGUUGCUUUCUUCAGAGGUGAUGUGCUAUAUAAACUCAAGUUAUAUAGUUAUUAUCUACAAUGUAGACUUAUUUGUGUGGGAAAAUGCUAACCAUAUUAUGGAAACAGUGCAGAUAGUAGGAGGGAAAAAAGGCAAAUCUGAUAAAUGGUAUACUUGAGAUUUAGAAUCUAUAAUUAACCUAAUAACAGCUGAAAACUGCUUUGAUGUCAUGCAGUGAACACCCACUAUCUGUCUGCAUACUGACUUCAUUUCAGAUGGUGUUCUAGAGUAUAUCAUAGUGGAAAGAGCACUGGAUGGGAGUCAGGGUUCAUAAGUUCUAGUCUAGCUUGGCCGUUGACUACCUAUGUGCCUCAUUUUCCCCACCUUUAAAAUGAAAUGGUUAUGGGCAAAGGUCUCUAACUAAGGUCCUUCUAGUUCUGCUGUCUCAUCAUUCUGUGAUUCUACAUCCCAUGCCUAUCAAAAGCAUUUUGACUUUCUUCAAGUUGCUUAAGCCAGCAUUUCAGUUAGAGUGUAUCCAGGAGCUUGUUUCCAUGGGCUGUUGGGAACAGCAAGGCCGUGCUUCUCCAGGACUUGAUAUGUCUUCUGUUAACUGCUAACAGUGAGCCAUACCACCUAAAAAGGCUCCUUUGGUAGCCUUAAAGAUUGAAAGGACAAAUGGACAGUGUUGAGAGCUCUGUGGAAGAGGAGACCUGAGAGACGUUGAUCAUCAUGGCCCCUUGGGAUUUGCAAAGAGGAAUGACUAGAACUGGGCCAUUCACUGCUGCCAGGUCAAAGGUCAGGUCAGGAAUAUGGACAAUGCUGGUGACUCCAGGUAGGUCUAGGAGGGUAAAUAAGCCUAUUUAGUCCCUCCUGAAUCUUGAGAAGAUCUGGGCAGCCAAGCUCAGAAAGCUAUUAGGAAGUCUCCUAAUUUAUGAAAUUACUUGGAAGAAAAAUGUGACAUUCAUUUUUUGUAAUUUGUUACCACACAGUCAUUGCAUUCUUACUUAACACUCACCAAGUUAAUCUACUUUAACAAUUCUCACAGUUCAAACAUUCACUAAACACACUUUAUGAUCCCUUAUUGCGUUAAAAAUCUGGUUUUGAUUGUUGCUAUUAUGCAACGGAUUCCCUAUAUCUCAGGAGUUUUAGUGUUGUUGAAAGACCUUUUGAGUUUUCUCCAGUUUUAGUUAAGCACUAUUAAAUAUAAUUCUCUGGUGGCAGAGAUAUAUAUCUAUUAUUAUUUUGCUAAUAAUAAGUUAACUUGGGGGUGAUUAUAGGAUGAUUUGGAGUACUGCCUUUCUUAGUGAUAAAAAGUAACGGCUAAUUUGUGACUAGGAUAUUAAGCCAGAUAACUAUAGCUAAUUUUGUGUGUGGAAUACAAUUAUAAGUAAAUUAAAGGCCUUUUAUAAUUGUUUCCAUCAUGGAAUUCCAGUAAAAAUGUACAUAUUUUCCUUAAAAUACUGAUUAACUUCCUGUAUCUGAUCAUUAAAAAAAAUAACUGUAUGCCUAAUAAAUAUUAUAAGAUGAUUCUUUUUUUUUCUUUUUUUUUUUUUUUUUUUUGCUUUUAUCUAGUUGCUUCCAAGAUCCGGUACUUACAGGAAUAUCAUAACCGAGUUCUCCACAACAUUUAUCCUGUACCUUCAGGAACAGAUAUUGCAAACACCCUGAAAUACUUUUCUCAGACCUUGUUAAGCGUCCUGCGAGAUGCUCCCUCUGAACGUGGCCUGCAAAGUCGUGAUGCUCACUUGUCAGACUACCCUUCUUUGGACUAUCAAGGCCUCUACGUGACUUUGGUGACUCUCCUGGAUCUAGUUCCUUUACUACAGCAUGGCCAACAUGAUCUUGGACAGUCAAUAUUUUAUACAACUACGUGUUUGCUCCCCUUUCUCAAUGAUGAUAUUCUGAGUACUUUGCCCUACACGAUGAUAUCAACUUUAGCUACCUUUCCUCCGUUUCUGCACAAGGAUAUUAUUGAAUAUCUCAGCACAUCUUUUCUACCAAUGGCUAUAUUGGGCUCCUCAAGGAGAGAAGGUGUUCCUGCCCACGUUAAUCUCUCCGCAUCAUCCAUGCUAAUGAUUGCAAUGCAGUACACAUCCAAUCCAGUAUAUCAUUGUCAAUUAUUGGAAUGCCUCAUGAAAUAUAAACAAGAAGUCUGGAAAGAUCUUUUGUAUGUGAUAGCCUAUGGGCCUUCACAGGUGAAACCUCCAGCUGUGCAAAUGCUGUUUCAUUACUGGCCCAAUUUAAAACCUCCUGGGGCAAUAAGCGAGUACAGGGGCUUACAGUACACAGCUUGGAACCCCAUCCACUGCCAGCACACUGAAUGCCACAAUGCAAUUAACAAACCAGCUGUGAAGAUGUGUAUAGACCCCUCCCUGUCUGUAGCUUUGGGUGAUAAACCACCCCCAUUGUAUCUCUGUGAAGAAUGCAGCCAGAGGAUUGCAGGGGACCACAGUGAAUGGUUGAUUGACGUUCUUCUGCCGCAAGCUGAAAUAUCUGCUAUAUGUCAGAAGAAGAACUGCAGUUCCCACGUUAGAAGAGCUGUUGUCACCUGCUUUUCAGCAGGGUGUUGUGGUCGUCACGGAAACAGGCCUGUUCGGUACUGCAAAAGAUGCCACUCAAAUCAUCACAGUAACGAACUGGGAGCUGCCUCGGAGACCCACCUCUAUCAGACCUCCCCUCCACCCAUCAACACUCGAGAAUGUGGUGCCGAGGAACUUGUCUGCGCCGUGGAGGCGGUGAUUAGCUUGUUGAAAGAAGCCGAGUUCCAUGCUGAGCAGCGGGAACAUGAGCUCAAUCGCCGGCGGCAGCUGGGCCUCUCCUCCUCCCACCAUUCCCUGGAUAACGCUGACUUUGACAACAAAGAUGAUGAUAAACACGACCAGCGGCUACUCAGUCAAUUUGGGAUAUGGUUCUUAGUGAGCCUCUGCACGCCCAGUGAGAACACUCCUACGGAAAGCUUGGCCAGGCUGGUGGCCAUGGUGUUUCAGUGGUUUCACUCCACAGCGUAUAUGAUGGAUGAUGAAGUUGGAAGUUUAGUGGAAAAGCUGAAGCCUCAGUUUGUCACCAAGUGGUUGAAGACAGUAUGUGAUGUUCGCUUUGAUGUCAUGGUCAUGUGCCUUCUUCCCAAACCAAUGGAAUUUGCCAGGGUUGGUGGAUACUGGGAUAAGUCCUGUAGCACAGUGACUCAGUUGAAGGAAGGUCUCAACCGAAUCCUCUGCCUGAUUCCCUACAAUGUGAUCAGUCAGUCCGUGUGGGAGUGUAUCAUGCCAGAAUGGCUGGAAGCCAUCAGAACAGAAGUCCCAGAUAAUCAGUUAAAAGAAUUCAGGGAAGUAUUAAGCAAAAUGUUUGACAUUGAGCUUUGUCCUCUACCUUUUUCAAUGGAAGAGAUGUUUGGCUUUAUUAGUUGUCGGUUCACAGGAUACCCUUCCUCUGUGCAGGAACAAGCUUUACUGUGGCUUCAUGUAUUAUCGGAGUUAGACAUCAUGGUUCCACUUCAACUAUUAAUCAGUAUGUUUUCUGAUGGAGUUAAUUCUGUUAAAGAACUGGCAAAUCAAAGAAAAUCAAGAGUCAGUGAACUGGCAGGGAACAUUGCAGCUCGAAGGGUGAGUGUUGCCUCUGAUCCUGGUCGACGAGUUCAGCACAAUAUGCUGAGUCCAUUUCAUAGUCCUUUUCAGAGUCCAUUUCGGAGUCCUAUGCGUAGCCCAUUUCGUAGUCCUUUCAAGAAUUUUGGACAUCAAGGAGGAAGGACUAUUGACUUUGAUUGUGAAGAUGAUGAAAUGAAUCUAAAUUGUUUCAUCCUCAUGUUUGAUCUUCUCCUGAAGCAGAUGGAGUUACAAGAUGAUGGGAUCACGAUGGGCUUAGAACACAGCUUAUCAAAGGACAUUAUUUCCAUUAUAAACAAUGUCUUCCAAGCCCCCUGGGGGGGCUCCCACACCUGCCAGAAGGAAGAAAAAGCAAUUGAGUGUAACUUAUGUCAGUCUAGUAUUCUCUGCUAUCAGCUUGCUUGUGAGCUCCUGGAGAGACUGGCUCCCAAAGAAGAAAGCCGGCUGGUGGAGCCCACAGACAGCCUUGAGGAUAGCCUCCUUUCUUCCAGACCAGAGUUUAUUAUAGGCCCGGAAGGUGAGGACGAGGAGAACCCAGCAACUAAGCAUGAGGAGAACCCAGGCAAUCGCACCGAGCCCAUGGAACGUGCUGCAAUAAAGAAUGAUACUGAAAGAAAGUUUUGCUACCAGCAGCUUCCAGUAACGCUGAGACUAAUAUACACCAUUUUCCAGGAAAUGGCCAAGUUUGAAGAGCCAGACAUUCUUUUUAAUAUGCUCAAUUGCCUGAAGAUCCUCUGUCUACACGGAGAGUGUUUAUACAGCGCUAAAAAAGAUCAUCCUCAGUUUUUAGCCUAUAUUCAGGAUCAUAUGUUGAUUGCAAGCCUGUGGAGAGUCGUCAAAUCUGAAUUCUCCCAGCUAUCUUCAUUGGCAGUUCCUCUCCUUCUUCACGCUUUGUCACUUCCUCAUGGUGCUGACAUCUUUUGGACAAUCAUUAAUGGCAAUUUCAACAGCAAAGACUGGAAGAUGAGGUUUGAAGCAGUGGAAAAAGUGGCUGUAAUUUGUAGAUUUCUGGAUAUUCAUUCAGUGACCAAAAACCACCUGCUGAAGUACUCCCUGGCACACGCCUUCUGCUGCUUUCUGACGGCUGUGGAGGACGUCAACCCAGCUGUGGCUACGAGGGCUGGUCUCCUGCUUGACACCAUAAAGAGGCCAGCCUUGCAGGGUCUGUGUCUUUGUCUUGACUUCCAGUUUGAUACUGUGGUUAAAGAUCGACCCACAAUAUUGAGCAAGCUUUUACUCUUGCAUUUUCUUAAGCAAGAUAUUCCUGCUUUGAGUUGGGAGUUCUUUGUCAACAGAUUUGAAACGCUUUCUUUGGAAGCUCAGCUACAUUUGGAUUGUAACAAAGAAUUUCCUUUUCCUACAACUAUCACUGCUGUGAGGACCAAUGUCGCUAAUCUCAGUGAUGCAGCAUUGUGGAAGAUCAAGAGGGCUCGUUUUGCAAGGAACCGCCAGAAGAGUGUGCGUUCCCUCAGAGACAGCGUGAAAGGGCCCGCGGAGUCCAAGAGGGCGCUCUCCCUCCCUGAGACCCUAACCUCCAAAAUCCCUGUGAGGUUGACCAGGCAUGAGCAGUCUGCUCCAGCUCUCGGUGGGACACCCGAACAGAUGCCAGGCCAACAAUCCCCUGAGAAUGACAACACCAUCAAGGACCUGCUCCCUGAAGAUGCUGGGAUCGACCACCAGACAGUGCACCAGCUGAUUACCGUGCUCAUGAAGUUCAUGGCCAAGGAUGAGAGCAGCGCCGAGUCAGACAUCAGCAGCGCCAAGGCCUUCAACACGGUCAAGCGGCACCUGUAUGUCUUACUUGGCUACGACCAGCAGGAAGGUUGCUUCAUGAUUGCACCUCAAAAAAUGCGCCUGUCAACUUGUUUUAAUGCGUUUAUUGCAGGAAUUGCCCAAGUUAUGGACUAUAACAUUAAUUUGGGAAAACACCUUCUCCCCUUGGUGGUUCAGGUGCUCAAAUACUGCUCUUGUCCUCAACUACGGCAUUAUUUCCAACAGCCACCUCGUUGUUCUCUCUGGUCCCUAAAACCUCACAUCCGGCAGAUGUGGUUGAAGGCCUUGCUUGUCAUCCUUUACAAGUAUCCAUACCGAGACUGUGAUAUCAGCAAGGUCCUGCUGCAUCUGAUUCACAUAACAGUCAAUACACUCAAUGCACAAUAUCAUAGCUGCAAGCCCCAUGCCACGGCAGGACCUUUGUACAGUGACAACAGUAACAUAAGCAGAUACAGCGAAAAAGAAAAAGAAGAAGAUAGUGUUUUUGAUGAAUCUGAUAUUCAUGAUACACCUACUGGACCCUGCAAUAAAGAGUCUCAAACUUUUUUUGCAAGAUUGAAAAGGAUAGGCGGCAGCAAAAUGGUGAAAUAUCAGCCGGUUGAGAUGAAUGUUCAGAGAAGUGAAAUAGAACUGGCUGAAUAUAGAGAAACGGGUGCAUUACAAGACAACAUUCUACACUGUGUGAGAGAAGAAAGCAUUCAGAAAAAGAAGCUGCGCUCUUUAAAACAAAAGUCUCUUGAUAUAGGGAAUGCAGACUCCCUCUUGUUCACACUAGAUGAGCACCGUAGGAAGUCCUGCAUAGACCGGUGUGACAUAGACAAGCCUCCAGCCCAAGCUGCUUAUUUCGUGCAAAGACAGCAUGACCAUGGACGGUCUAGACAGAACUCUGCUACGAGGUCUGACAAUGCCGAAAUCCCCGAGAACCCAGCUCUGGAAGGUUUUCAAGAAGCUCGGAGGCCUGUAAUACCAGAAGUUAGGUUAAACUGCAUGGAGACAUUUGAGGUGAAAGUGGAUUCCCCACUCAAGCCUGCUCCCAAAGAGGAUUUAGAUCUGAUAGACUUGUCCUCAGAUUCAACAUCUGGGCCUGAAAAACACUCUACGCUCUCAACAUCGGACAGCGACUCCCUUGUGUUUGAACCUCUUCCCCCUCUCCGAAUAGUAGAGAGUGAUGAAGAGGAGACCAUGGACCAAGGGGACGAUGGUACCUCUGGUAAGGAUGCUGCUUCCUCUCCCUCCAUCCGCAACCGCCCCUCUGUCCUCAGCCUCAGUACGACGCCCCUCGUGCGAGUAAGCGUGGAAGACUGUUCCAAAGACUUUUCUCCUAAGGACUCAGGAAAUAACCAGUCGGCGGGUGACAGGGACCCCCCUCUCAUAGCUCUGGAAGACCCCACGGACUCCGAAGAAUUAUCAAAGCCUGAGGAGCUGCAAGGGUUUUCCUGUGGCAGCCCGCUCACGCUUAAGCAAAAACGAGACCUCCUUCAGAAGACGCUUGCUCUCCCUGAGAUGUCACUGGACGAUAACCCUGAGCCCAGCACUGAGGAAGCGAAGCCCGGUGGGCUGAUGCCAAGUUCAGGGGCAAAAACCGUCCUCCUCAAAGUCCCUGAAGAUUCGGAGAAUCCAAUGGAAAGUGAGAAGCCAGACGCCAGUGCUGAAUCAGACGCAGAACAGAACCCUGAAAGGAAGGCAGAAGAGGAGGGAGCUGAGGAAUCUGAAUUUAAGAUUCAGAUUGUCCCCAGGCAGAGGAAACAGAGGAAGAUUGCGGUCAGUGCCAUCCAGAGAGAGUACCUUGACAUUUCCUUCAACAUUCUAGACAAAUUGGGAGAUCAGAAAGAUCCAGAUCCUGCUACUAAAGGACUUUCAACUUUGGAAAUGCCACGAGAAUCCUCAUCUGCCCCUACAUUAGAAGCAGGUGUGCCAGAAACAAGUAGCCAUUCUUCAAUAUCAACUCAGUAUAGGCAGAUGAAAAGGGGAUCCCUGGGAGCUCUGACAAUGAGCCAGUUAAUGAAGCGACAGCUGGAACAUCAGUCUAGCGCCCCCCAUAACAUCAGCAACUGGGACACUGAACAGAUACAGCCUGGGAAACGCCAGUGUAAUGUGCCAAUGUGCCUAAACCCUGACCUGGAGGGACAGCCACUGAGAAUGAGAGGUGCCACGAAAUCCAGCCUGCUGUCAGCACCCAGCAUUGUGAGUAUGUUUGUACCAGCACCCGAAGAAUUCACAGACGAGCAGCCGACGGUGAUGACAGACAAAUGCCAUGACUGUGGGGCCAUUCUUGAAGAGUAUGAUGAGGAAACCCUUGGGCUGGCCAUUGUGGUCCUCUCCACAUUCAUUCACUUAAGCCCAGACUUGGCAGCCCCGUUGUUGCUGGAUAUCAUGCAGUCUGUGGGAAGAUUGGCAUCCAGCACAACUUUUUCUAAUCAAGCAGAAAGCAUGAUGCUCCCCGGCAAUGCAGCGGGGGUGGCCAAGCAGUUCCUGCGCUGUAUCUUCCAUCAACUGGCUCCCAAUGGCAUCUUCCCGCAGCUGUUCCAGAGCACUAUCAAAGAUGGGACUUUUUUACGGACCUUGGCCACGUCUCUGAUGGACUUCAAUGAACUGAGCUCUGUUGCUGUCCUCAGUCAGCUCUUGGAGGGUCUAAAUAACAAAAAGAAUUUACCAGCAGGGGGUGCUAUGAUACGCUGUUUGGAAAACAUUGCUACCUUCAUGGAAGCUUUGCCCAUGGAUUCUCCUAGUAGCCUCUGGGCAAUCAUCAGCAACCAGUUUCAGACUUUUUUUGCCAAGCUGCCUUGUGUUUUGCCUCUGAAGUGUUCUUUAGAUUCCAGUUUGAGAAUUAUGAUUUGCCUCUUGAAGAUACCCUCUACCAAUGCCACAAGGAGUUUGUUGGAACCAUUUUCAAAACUGCUCAGCUUUGUAAUUCAGAAUGCCAUCUUCACUUUGGCCUACCUGGUGGAGGUGUGUGGCUUAUGUUACCGAGCUUUCACUAAGGAGAGGGAUAAAUUCUAUUUGUCUCGUAGUGUUGUUCUAGAACUCCUGCAGGCCCUGAAGCUCAAAUCUCCUUUACCGGAUACAAACCUCCUUCUGCUUGUCCAGUUUAUUUGUGCAGAUGCUGGAACCAAACUAGCUGAGUCAACGAUCCUGAGCAAGCAGAUGAUCGCCUCUGUACCUGGAUGCGGGACGGCGGCGAUGGAGUGUGUGCGGCAGUACAUCAACGACGUGCUGGACUUCAUGGCAGACAUGCACACGCUGACCAAACUGAAGAGCCACAUGAAGACGUGUUCCCAGCCUUUGCAUGAAGAUACCUUUGGUGGCCAUCUCAAAGUUGGGCUGGCUCAGAUUGCAGCCAUGGAAAUCUCACGGGGCAACCACAGAGAUAACAAAGCUGUGAUUCGCUAUCUGCCUUGGCUCUAUCAUCCCCCUUCUGCAAUGCAACAAGGACCAAAAGAAUUCAUUGAGUGUGUCUCUCACAUCCGGCUGCUGUCCUGGCUGCUUCUGGGUUCCCUCACUCAUAAUGCAGUGUGUCCAAAUGCCUCCUUUCCCUGCCUGCCAAUACCUCUGGAUGCAGGUUCCCAUAUUGCAGAUCAUCUUAUUGUUAUCCUGAUUGGAUUUCCAGAGCAAUCAAAGACCUCCGUGUUGCACAUGUGUUCUCUUUUCCAUGCAUUUAUCUUUGCUCAGCUCUGGACCGUAUAUUGUGAACAAAGUGCUGUAGCUACAAAUGUUCAAAGUCAGAAUGAAUUCAGCUUCACAGCGAUACUGACAGCACUAGAAUUUUGGAGUAGGGUGACACCCAGCAUCCUUCAGCUGAUGGCCCAUAACAAAGUGAUGGUAGAAAUGGUGUGUCUCCAUGUGAUUAGUUUAAUGGAGGCACUGCAAGAAUGCAAUUCAACAAUUUUUGUCAAGCUGAUACCUAUGUGGUUGCCAAUGAUUCAGUCAAAUAUCAAGCACUUAUCUGCGGGACUCCAGCUUCGCCUCCAGGCCAUUCAGAACAACGUGAACCACCACAGCCUCAGGACGCUGCCGGGUUCCACCCAGAGCAGUGCCAGCCUGGCGGCCCUGCGCAAGUGGCUGCAGUGCACCCAGUUCAAAAUGGCCCAGGUGGAGAUCCAGUCCUCAGAAGCAGCCUCUCAAUUUUAUCCUCUAUGAGCGGACUCCUCGGCUCUCAGUGUCAACACUCUGGUUUAGCAAUAAUGGGUUUCAAAACAAAACAAUUCGAUCCAAGCAGGUUGGGGAACAUAUUGGUACUGUACAUUCUCUUUCUAGUUUAGUAAAAGAUGUGCAAAGGCCGGAGAGGGCCAAAAUGAAGCUUUCUUGCUACACAUUUCUGAUGACUCCUUGGGCUAUCCGAUUAAGUGUUUCCUUACAUUAUUUUUUAAAAACCAAAUCAUUUUUCUUUAACUAACUUCUAUUUUUUUUAAGAAAAAAAAAAUAGACUGGUGGGUACUCACAGAAAAGUUGUAUAAGUCCCCCUGUUGCUAUUUUUGAUGAUAGAGAAUAAAUAGGGUUUUUGAAA